AAUAAUAUACAGUAGUUAACAAUUAAAAUUUAUAAUAUUUGAUGUAUUUAAACUUGUGAUGGAAUAUCGUCGUUACUAAAAUGGAUAUUCCGGCACUCACAUCCGCUCCCGCCACCCCAUUCCUUCAACGUUCCAACAUCAAACCACCGCCGCCGCCGCCGCCUGUCCAACACAACUCCAAUCCCAUAUCGAACACCAACAAUUCUUUAACUAAACACCAACUCAAAAACACCAACAUAAAACCCAUAGACCCUGUAGUUGCAUGGACCGCCUCCAUUUCCCGCCACUGCCGCAACCGCCAACUUUCUCAGGCCGCUUCACUUCUCACCCGAAUGCGUCUCGCCGGAGUAGAACCAAACCACAUCACAUUCAUAACACUAAUAUCCGCCUGUUCUGACUCCCCCUCGCAAACCAAAUUUCUCGGCCCUCCCAUGCAUGCAUACGCACGAAAACUUGGCCUGGAUACAAAUAAUGUGAUGGUGGGCACCGCUCUGAUCGACAUGUACGCAAAGUUUCGUCAGAUAGAACUCGCAAGAAUCAUAUUUGACGAGCUUGAGGUUAAAAAUUCCGUGUCGUGGAAUACUAUGGUUGAUGGGUAUAUGAGAAAUGGAGAGAAAGAAAAUGCGGUCAAGAUGUUCGACGAAAUGCCGCACAGAGAUGUUGUUUCUUGGACUGUGUUUAUUGAUGGGUUUGUUAAAAUGGGCGAGUUUGAGGAAGGAUUGGAGUGGUUUAGAGCAAUGCAGCUUGCCCAAGUGGAGCCUGACUAUGUAACGAUUAUCGCGGUUUUAUCAGCUUGCGCGAAUCUUGGUGCGCUCGGGUUAGGGUUGUGGGUGCAUCGGUAUGUUUUAAGGAAGGAUUUCAGGGAUAAUGUUAGGGUAUGUAAUACUUUGAUUGAUAUGUAUGCUCGAUGCGGAUGUGUCAAAUUAGCCCGUCAAGUGUUCGAUAAAAUGCCUAAGAGAACUUUGGUCUCGUGGAACUCGGUUAUCGGUGGUUUUGCUGCUAAUGGAUUUGCAAACGAAGCUUUGGAGUAUUUUGAGUUGAUGCAAAAGGAUGGGUUUCAACCGGAUGGAGUUAGCUUUACCGGAGCACUUACGGCUUGUAGCCAUGCCGGUAUGGUGGAUGAGGGUCUCAAGUAUUUUGAUAUUAUGAAGAGUGUGCAUAAAAUAUCUCCUAGAGUUGAGCACUAUGGUUGCAUAGUAGAUUUAUAUAGCCGUGCCGGUAGGUUAGAAGACGCGGUAAAUGUAAUAGAGAACAUGACAGUGAAGCCGAAUGAAAUUGUGUUGGGAUCGUUGUUGGCUGCUUGUAGUACUAGUGGAGAUAUUGGUUUAGCUGAAAGGUUAAUGAAGUAUCUUGAUGAUUUGGGUCCUGGUGUCGAUUCCAAUUAUGUGUUACUAUCAAAUGCAUAUGCAGCAGUUGGCAAAUGGGAUAGAGCAAGCAAGGCUAGGAGGACAAUGAAAGAACUUGGUUUACAAAAAAGGCCAGGGAUUAGUUCAAUUGAUAUUGGAUGUAGCUCUCACAAGUUUGUGGCUGGUGAUAAAUCUCACGACCAAACCGAUCAUAUUUAUGAAAUCUGAAAGAAAUGAGAAUUCCAGACUAUGGUUCGCCAGGUUCAGAAUCUGAAGCAAAUGCGACUAUCGGACUUCUCACUUGAUGGACGUUGUUACUCCAAAUCAAUUGGCCAGAUAAAAUUGUAUCUAUAUCAGGCAAUGUUGCUUCAACUGUCAGAACAAAAGAUUGCUUUUCACCGAGAGACUGGAAGCUAAGAACAUUUGGCUCAACUACUAUUUUAAGUCCUGCAGGAGAUCCUAUAUUUGAUGUAUAAGUUGUUGAUGUAUUUCCAACAUUUGUGACAGUUCUGUGAUAGACGCGAGUUACAGAUUUUCCUGAUGAUGACAUAGAAAGAGCAAAAGAAGGGUAAUUUAAAUCCCAAGCAGUUCCAUUUAUGGCUGCAGAACAUGCGCUUUUGUCUCCUGUAACAAGUUGCAGUUGUGUAGCAUUGUAUCCUUGUCCGCACAAAAAUUUAACAAAAUCAAUUUCUCCAGCA